CGUUACUCUCGGCUGCUCGUCCCCGGAACGGCUGGGAACUGUAAUCUCAGUUUGUACCUGAGUCAAGGGCACUGAAUUACACACGUGUGUCUGAGAGAGAGAGAGAGAUACAGCAAGAGGAAUUUAAUAUUUUUCAUUUCUUUGAUCGGAGAUUUCAAACACUCCAGGACUGGACAGCUAGAAAUGAAGAAAGCUUUUACCUUUUCUGUCUGGAUUUGGUUUGUGGUCGUGUGUAAAUCAGGUUUGGUGCAGGGAUUCUCGAUGACAGCGCCCACACUCAAUAUCUCGGGAACAGAAUACUCGCUCGACGUUAGCAACACCCUUACCUUCACCUGCAGAGGGCAGAGGCCUCUGGGGUGGAGCUGGCCUGGGAAACCUGCAGUUGAAGACAACACAAAAUCUGCAUCUUACUGGUCGGAGGAACUUGGGGGACGGAUAGUGAGCAUAAGGGAAUGCGAUGGAUCAGAGAGAGAUCAAUACUGCAAGACAUUCAUGCUAAUGGGUGCCAGAGCUAAUGAUACAGGCUAUUAUCGCUGCUUCUAUCACUUCAUUGAACCAAUCGUUGAUGGAACAACGGCGACCAGUAUAUAUGUGUUUGUGAAAGAUUUCCAGAAUCCAUUUGUCAACACAUCGCCCAAUGGUACCCAAAUCUCACCCGUGCUGAUCGUAAACAGCCCGAGAGUUACUGUGCCGUGCCUUGUGUCCAUUCCGUUUCUCAACGUCACGCUGCGAUUGGGUCUUACAUCAAAGACACUUUAUCCAGAUGGAAAAGAUGUGAUUUGGAAUAAUAAAGAGGGAAUGAUUGUCUCACGGCACAAAAUUGAAGACUUACUGUAUGUUUCCUGUGAAACUUUCGUCAGUGGCAUACAAUACAAAACAUCACCCUACUUCAUCCAAGUCACAGGACAAGUGAUUUACAAGUUUACACUGAAACCUAAUCGCACUGAACUGGUGGCAGGGAAGAGGUUGGUACUGAACUGCACCGUCGAGGCAGAAUUCAACGUGGUUGUAGACUUUCAGUGGGAGUACCCAGGAAAAAGACAGAUGACUGAUCGAGCGGUGAUUUCAUCGCAAAAACGUGAGCUGAACGAAGGGUUAGAACUGAGCAGUACUCUCGUCAUAAAUAACAUAACAACAGCGGAGCAGGGCACUUACAUCUGCAGGGCCAAUAAUGGCUUCGACAUUAAGGAGAGAACAGCAGAGGUCAUUGUGCAUGAAAAGCCUUUCAUCCAUGUGGAUUACAAUAAGAGCCCCAUCAUUGAAGCAACGGUGGGACAGAAGAAUGUGUAUCUCCCUUUGAGGUACCGGGCCUACCCUCAACCUGAGUUCAAAGUGUACAAAAAUGGAAAAUUUAUCAACAAAAGUCCAUCCUUUAACAAGGUGAAGCUUUCACGAAUGGGUUUGAUGAUUGGGGAUGUGACCGAGCAGGAAGCAGGGAACUACACCGUAGUGCUACGAAACAGCAAAGCUAAACUCGAGGAGCGUCUCCACUUGCAGCUUGUGGUCAAUGUCCCACCUCAGAUUCAUGAGAAGGAAGUGGCCUCCCCGACCAACAUCUACCCACGUGGAAGUCGCCAGACACUGACCUGCACCGCCUAUGGGAUCCCUGCUCCUGUGAAAAUACAAUGGUCCUGGAGGCCAUGGGGGCCUUGCGGUUUAAAAUCCUACCGCAGCCUGGGUCGAGCAACCAUGAUGCGUCGACCGCGGGACAGGACCCCCGAGUGCCGAAACUGGAGGGACAUCUCAACAGGAAGCGCCAUCAACAGGAUUGAGAGUAUUGAAACCAGCACAGAGAUUCUGGAGGGAAGGAACAAGACGGUCAGCAAGCUGGUGAUUUUAGCUGCAAAUAUCUCCGUAAUGUACAACUGUUCUGCUUUCAACAAAGUUGGACGUGAUGACCGGGUCAUCUACUUCUAUGUGACAAGUAUCCCAGAAGGGUUUGGAAUUGAUCUUCAGCCUUCGGAGAUCCCGGUGGAAGGUGAGGAUGUGAAGCUACGUUGCAAUGCAGAUAACUACACGUAUGAGAACCUGCGAUGGUACCGUCUCCUUCCCAGCGCCCUGGAAGGGGAGCUCGGAGACCCCCCGGUCCUGGAGUGUAAAAGCAUGCACCUCUUUGCCAAGGAGAUGAAAGGAGUGAUGAUGCUGGACUCACUGAUGAAAGGUGUGGCCCUUGAGCUUCAGAUUCCCAGCAUUACUCUACACGAUGAGGGGGAUUACGUGUGCGAGGUCCAGAACAAGAAGACUGGAGAGAAACAUUGCCACAGGAAAUACAUCUUAGUGCGAGCUCAGGAGAUGCCAAGUCUCCUCGUCAACCUGACUGAUAUUUCAGUCAACAUCAGUGACUCCAUCCACAUGAACUGCAAAGCAAGCGGCACUCCCCACCCCACCGUCAUCUGGUUCAAAGAUGAAAAGCCACUCCAUGAGGUCUCAGGGGUCAUCCUCAGUGAGCAGAACCAAAUGCUGACCAUCCAGCGAGCACAAGAAGAGGAUGCCGGGCUGUACAAGUGCUUUGCUUGUAACUCCAAGGGCUGCGUCAAUUCAUCUGCUAUCAUCUCUGUCGAAGGAGGUGAUGAUAAAUCAAAUAUCGAAGUUGUGAUCCUGGUUGGAACUGGAGUUAUUGCAGUCUUCUUCUGGGUACUCCUCAUCCUUAUCUUUUGUAAUGUCAAGCGGGUAAGAUUCCUGGGGACUAGUCCAGCUGAUAUCAAAACCGGAUACUUGUCGAUAAUCAUGGAUCCAGAUGAGAUUCCAUUGGAUGAGCAGUGCGAGUACCUGCCCUAUGAUUCCAGCAAGUGGGAGUUCCCCCGGGAUAGGCUACGGCUUGGCAAAACUCUGGGUCAUGGGGCAUUUGGAAAAGUUGUGGAAGCCUCCGCUUUCGGCAUUGACAAAAGCAGCAGCUGUAAGACCGUAGCUGUGAAAAUGUUGAAAGAUGGAGCCACAGCAAAUGAACACAAGGCACUGAUGUCAGAACUGAAGAUUCUCAUUCACAUUGGAAACCACCUCAACGUUGUUAAUCUCCUGGGAGCCUGCACCAAAGCAAAUGGUCCUUUGAUGGUGAUUGUCGAAUACUGCAAAUAUGGAAACCUUUCGAAUUAUUUGAGGAGCAAACGUGAAGAUUUUAUCCCAUAUAGGGACCGUGCUCCAAAAAUGAGGAAUCAGGUGAUCUCAAUGGUGGAAGUAGUGAAAGGACUGGACAACAGGAGUCAGGCAUGUCCCAGUGAGAAUGCAAUCUGUAAGCGAACAGCUGUGGAGAAAAUCCUUUGUCAUCCUGAGGAGCUGGUGGAAGUUGACGACCUCUGGCAAUGCCCUCUGACCUUAGUGGACCUUAUCUGCUACAGCUUCCAAGUUGCUCGUGGGAUGGAGUUCCUGGCAUCUAGAAAGUGUAUUCACAGAGACUUGGCAGCUCGCAACAUUCUCCUGUCUGAAAACAACGUGGUGAAGAUCUGCGAUUUCGGCCUGGCCAGAGACAUCUACAAGGAUCCCGAUUACGUGCGAAAAGGGAACGCUAGACUCCCGCUCAAGUGGAUGGCUCCUGAGAGCAUUUUCGAUAAAGUCUACACCACUCAGAGUGAUGUGUGGUCAUUUGGGGUCCUCCUAUGGGAGAUCUUUUCUCUGGGUGUCUCUCCCUAUCCUGGAGUCCAGAUUAAUGAGGAAUUCUGCCAGAGACUGCGGGAAGGCACCAGGAUGCGAGCUCCAGAAUAUGCUACAGCAGAAAUCUAUCGUAUAAUGUUGAGCAGCUGGCAAGGGGAACCGAAAGACAGGCCAACUUUCUCUGAUCUUGUGGAGCUCCUCGGAGAUCUGUUGCAAGCCAAUGUCCAACAGGAUGGGAAAGACUACAUUCCUCUCAGUAUGUUGCAGUGUACGGAAGACGACUUGUGUUUUUCCCAGCCGUGUUCAUCCAUGUCUCACGGAGAUGAUAAAGGGUCUAAAACAAGAUUACGAUGUGACAGUAUAGGACCAAGAUACUAUAACUGUGUGUCUUUUUCUGGACAUAUAUCGGGAGAGAGUCAGAUUAAAUGCCCAUCAAGAGUGAAAACAUUUGAAGAUGUCCCAGUGGAAGAGACAAUGCAGACCAUGCAAAAUGACAACCAGACAGACAGUGGGAUGGUCCUGGCAUCUGAAGAGCUUGAGAAGAUAGAGAUCAAGCAUAAAAAGCAAAUGGUGUUCAGAAAACCUUCAAGUAAACACACAGACUUGGUCUCAGAGUUUUGCAGACGGCCAGAUAGGUGUAGAUGCAGAUCAGCCUUGCAUCCUGAGGCCUCAGGGCAGACCAUUCACAGCAAUGACUAUGGACACCUCUUGCAUGGUGCUCAGGAGCACAAGGGAUGGAGUACACAGCGCAUGGACCCCACCACUUCAGAAAACAACUCCAGCUUCUAGUGCUCAACUCCCAUGUGAAGAAUCUCCACAGGACUUUUAGUACCAGCCCGAAGCAUAAUUUUAGACUUUGCUCAAAGAAUGUCUUGCUCACUCUAAGCAGGUCUUCAACUGUAAGUGACAUGAAGUAACUAAAUAUCAAACAAACCAAGGAGGGGGAAUUUCAGCUGUUUUCCCAGUUGCAAAAAUUCAGUUGUUGUACAAUCUGCCCAGUUUUCAACUGCUAUGAUUUAACUGCAAAUGGAGACUCGGCUGUUUCUAUAACUAGCUGCCUGGGAAUAAGUUUGAAACCUACCCCAACUGUGUUGGAGGACUUUAGUUUUCCCAUAAAGAAACUAUAUAUAACCGGAUUUAUAAUUAUGACAUUAUUCAAAGAAUCCUUUUGAAAGUCUGUUGUUUCCUUUUUUACAUUUUUUCUCUAGUUUUAUCGUCAAUUCACUUGGAAUCUGUGUAUUUUGACACUAUGAUAUAACAAAAAAAUAGAAUUUAAUAGUAAAGUUGCUUGUACACAGGUUCCUCAUACACUGAGGGUAGGGCAGGGACACCCAAAUUCUCAGUGUUGACCAUUUAUUGUGAGAUUGUUAAUGUUUGUAUAAAGAAUGUCUGUAUGAUUUUGUAUCAAGUGGUGAGCAACCGAAAUCUUCUCUCCUUGAGAAUAAUCAAGUGAUUUCCUUUCUGAAGUGUUAAGAUAUUGAGAUGUUCAGUGUUUGUAUCCAAGACAGUCUCACUCUUUCUCUACCACACUCCCUUUCAUCUGAUUGUCACAUUCCCCCAAGUCUGUACCUGUGCUUCCAUUUACUGGACUGUCUGACCCUGUCUGCUAAACUACAGAAAAGAUACCAAGACUCAUACACAGAGGAAAAUAAAUAAUUUACAUAUCUGCAGUGCUUUUCACAACUUCAGAGCAUUCUUUGGCUAGCAAAGUAGCUAGGGAGUACUUUUAAAAUGUAGUUAUUAUGGCUGUUGCACUGCCGAAGCUACGGCAGAGGAGUGAAUGACCAGAUGAUUCUUUUUAAUAUUGGUUGAUGUGUAACUCUUAGCAGCAUGUUGUGGGUGGGGGAUAUCCCCUUUUCUUCUUCAAAAUCCAUAUUGUGCUCCGGUCUAACCAUGCUCCAGGUCUGUGCACCGGUCCAACUACAACUACUGACUGCUCAUAGAUCUAGCUUCAACCUCUGACUGCCCUCCAGUCUAGCUGCAACCCUAGGCUACAGUCCUGUCCAUCUACAACCCCACACUGCCCUCCUGUCCAUCUGUGACCCCCACACUGCCCUCCUGUCCAGCUGUGACCCCACACUGCCCUCCUAGCUAGCCAUGACUUCACGCUGCAUUUCCAUCCAUCCAUGACUCCAGACUGUGUUCCCAUCAAGCUGGGACUCAGACUGAACUCCUAUCCAGCCCCAAACCUAGACUACACUAAAUGUGUUUAGACUAGAGUGGU